AUGUUUUUUUUUUUGCGUCCACCGGAAUCUACCUCUCCGUUGCCUUCGCUCUCCGCUUUCACCUGGACCCGACCCGAUAGAAUCCGAGUAUCCACCGCCGAAGAAACCGCCGACGUGGCGGAGGAGGUAGAAGACGGUCCUGUCGAGCUUCCUCCGUCGGCCAUAUCUCCGUUCUCGUCAACUAACUCAAAAUUCGCCACUUCCGAUGACCUCACUCCUCUCCAGCUAGCCACCAGCGUAAUGCUCACCGGCACCAUCACCAUCACCAUCACCAUCUUCCUCUUCAGAUCGAUUCGACGGCGAGCUAAACGCUCCAAAGAGAUGACGUUUAGAUCGUCUGGAGUGAAGAAGUCGUUGAAAGAUGAAGCGGUGGAGAAACUGAAAGCAAUGGGGUCGGCUCCGAUUGAAGAAGGUGGUGGUAAGUCGACGACACCAUCGGCGGCUCAGGCGUUUCUUGGUGCUGUUUCGGCAGGUGUCAUUGCUGUCAUUCUCUAUAAGUUCACUACUACCAUUGAAGCAGGACUCAAUCUUCAGACUAUUUCUGAUAAUUUCUCGAUAAUCGAUGCAGGAGAAACUAUGGAGGAAGUAGAGAAGAAGAUUCAACAAGUGGUGUUGGAUAAAGUUAAAGAGUGUGUUCAAGGAAAGUCUCUUACUCUCCUCUGGUCAUCUUUUAUGAUUUUUAA